GUGAUUUGACUAUCAUUUGAGAGUUCCAAACUUCAAAUUUUUGUUUUUAUCUUGACAGCUUUUGUAUUUUAUCUAAUAAUGCACAACAUUUCUUAGUUUUACCAUUAGAAUAUAACCUACUGUGCCAUUAAUAUAAUUUCUUCAAAUAAACAAAAAUGGAAGAACUUAAAAAAGUUCCUCCAAUGGAACAACGUCAAUUAGUUACAUAUAUUAAUCAUUUCAUUACGUCCACUGUUACAUUUUUAAACAAUUUCAUGACACACUGUGAAGCAAAAAUGAUGAAAUCCGAACAACGGUUGCAAAAAAUUUCAGCAUCUCUGUGUAUAUUAGAAACUAAGUUAAAUUCUGUCCCUGAACUACGAGAACUGCAGUCUUCUCAAUUUCAAACAAGUAAACCUCCCAGCAAUCAAUUAAAAGAUAAUUCACAUAAUGCUGAAGUAACCGAUGAACAUAAUAAAACAGAGGCAACCGAUGGACUUAAUAAAACCAAGACAACAGAUAGCCAUGGUAAAACUGAAGACAUUAUUAUUUCAGAACCAGCUGCUGUUGUAGAUGAAAGUCCUAAUGAGCCAAUUGUGGAUCCAACAAUAUUAAAAUAUCGUAAAAUGAUUCAAUUUGGUGUGCCAAGAGGCGCUGUUGAGUUAAAAAUGGUCAAUGAAGGAUUGGAUCCAAAACUAUUGUGAUAAAUUUAUAAUUUCUUGUGUAGCGUUUUAUAAAACAAAAUAUUAAGGAAAUCAUUUAAUUUUUUUAUAUAAACAUUAUAUUAUUUAUAUUGUUAUUACAUAACGGGUAAUUGUGUAAUGUAUCAUAAAAAAAAAAACUGCUAAGUGCGAGUCGGACUCAUGCACAAAAGGUUCCGUACCACCAUCUAUAAACAUGUUGGCAACACUACUUAUAUUAUAUAGUCUAGGAUUUUUAGUAUUUGUUGUUAUAGCAGCAACAUAAAUACAAAUUCUGUGAAAAUUUCAAAUAUCUAACUUUCAUAGUUCAUGAGAUACAGACUUAGUAAUAGGGUCCCAUUUUACCGCACGGAACCUUAAAUAUAGGGUGCCUAAAGAUAUUGCAAUACCAUUCUUAUGUUAUCAUAAUUGUUUUAUAUGUAGCAAUAAUAUGCCAGUAUUCUUAUAUAAUAAUUGCUAUAAGAAAACAUUACCCUUGGUCACACACAUUUAUCUUCCAUAAAACCACCACUUUGUGUCAUCUGUGAUAAAAUAAUUAAUAAUUAUACUUAUAAGACUUAUAUAAUUAUAAAUGUUUAAUAAAUAAUAGUUAUUACUUAUUACCUACCUAUUUGUUAUGUUAAACAUGUAUUGUAUUUAAAAUAUAGUUAUAAAUGUC